AUGCCCACUCUCGAGGAUACCACUUCCAAGGACGCCACGCCAUCAUGGUUGAGCGCAGUGCCAAACAUUGUUGCCGAUGAGAUAUUCUCCCUGGCAGCAGACUAUCGCCUCGACCCACACCCGCAAAAGGUCGAUCUGCUAAUCGGGGCCUACCGUUCCGAUGACGGGAACCCGUGUCCAUUGCCUUCAGUACUGGAGGCAGAACGUCGUCUCCUGUCUCAAAACGACUUGGGGAAGCAUGAGUAUCUCCCUAUCGAGGGAGAUGCCACUUAUCUCAGACUGGCUCAAAACCUUCUAUUCGGUCAAGGUGACCAGUCUGAGCUGUUGCAGCGAAUAGUCUCGGUCCAAUCCAUCUCCGGAUCUGGGGCCAUCCACAUUGGUGCUGCUUUUCUGUCUCGAUUUCUUAACCCGGGAAGCGUCUGGGUCUCUGAUCCGACCUGGGUUCCCCAUAUUCUAAUGUUUGAAAGAAUGGGGGUAAGGUGCAAGAAGUAUCCAUACUAUGAUCCAGCAACGCGACUCCUCAACUUCCAAGGAAUGAUCGACACUCUCGAGUCUCAAGCUCAAACUGGAGAUGUGAUCAUGCUUCAAGUCUGUGCUCAUAACCCGACUGGCCUCGAUCUUAGCCAAGAACAAUGGAAGGUUGUAGCUGAGAUUUGUCAGCGAAAAGGCAUCUUCCCAUUCUUUGAUAAUGCAUACCAAGGCUUUGCCACAGGGAACCCAGAGAAAGAUGCUUGGCCACUUCGAUACUUUGCCAGUCUGGAACUUCCCCUGACUUUCUGUGUGGCGCAGUCCUUCUCGAAGAACUUCGGACUCUACGGACAGAGAACAGGAGCUUUCCAUUUCAUCACGAACAGCAAGGAUACCGCCAUCCAGUCCAACAUCCUUCAGCAGCUUCGAUUCAUUAUUCGUACCGAAUACUCGACUCCACCACGAACGGGCUGUAAAAUUGUGAAAACCAUCCUCGGUGACCCAGAGCUUAAGUCUCAAUGGCUCAGUGAUGUUUUAUCCAUGAGCAAAAGACUGGGACAGGUCCGCUCAGCACUUCAUGAUGGCCUGAGCGCUUCCGCAGAAAGCGGUGACUAUGAACAUAUCAUCAAACAGGUAAUUAAGCACGAACUUUAUCUGUUUUGCAAUUCUGUGACCUAA